AUGACCAGGAUUUCACUUGUUUUCUAUUUUUGUUCUUUUGUUUUCCACAGGUUCAUUGCUAAACCAUGUGCCUUAGGCCUUAAAGUCCAAGCCAACGGACCACAGAAAGCUCAACCUAAUGCUAUCCUGGAAAAAGUUUUCACAGCUAUUACAAAGCAUCCAGAUGAGAAAAGGCUGGAAGGUCUCUCCAAGCAGUUGGACUGGGAUGUACGCAGCAUUCAACGCUGGUUUCGACAAAGACGCAACCAGGAAAAGCCCAGCACUCUUACGAAGUUCUGCGAGAGCAUGUGGAGAUUUACAUUUUACCUUUAUAUAUUUACCUAUGGAGUACGGUUCCUGAAAAAGACACCCUGGCUCUGGAAUACCAGACAGUGCUGGAAUGGGUAUCCUUAUCAGCCACUGAUGCCUGACCUUCAUUAUUACUACAUAGUUGAAUUGUCAUUCUACUGGUCCUUAAUGUUUUCUCAAUUCAUUGACAUCAAAAGAAAGGAUUUUGGCAUCAUGUUUACACAUCACAUUGUAACAGUCACCCUGAUAACCUUCUCAUAUGUAACCAAUUUGACACGAGUGGGAACCUUGACCUUAUGUCUCCAUGAUGCGGCUGAUGUUGUCCUAGAGGCUGCCAAAAUGGCAAACUAUUGCAAGUGUCAAAAACUGAGUGACCUUCUGUUCCUUACAUUUGCCAUUGUCUUCAUUGUCAGUAGGCUUGGCAUAUAUCCCUUAUGGAUAUUAAACACAACAUUGUUUGAACUGUAUGAAGCUCUGGGCAAUUUUCCUGCCUUGUGGGUCUUCAACGUGCUGCUUGUGAUUCUUCAAAUUCUGCACUGUUUUUGGUCUUACCUAAUCAUAAAGGCAGCCUACAAAGCUAUUUCAAAGGGCAAGGCUGGGAAGUGGAACCCCUUGCAUGUAGCAAAGGAUGACCGAAGUGACAUUGAGUCAAGCUCAGAUGAGGAAGAAACAGUACCUCGUUCAAAGACCCCGCACAGCACUAUCACUACUAAUGGCACCGGUGGUGCCAAUGGGACAAACGGGUAUCUUACUGGUGGCACUUGCUCAGAGGAGCAUUAA